GUCUCAUGGGUGUGUGAGGAAGAGGCUGCCCAGGUGUGUCUGAGUGCUCGACGAACCAGGAAGUGACUCUGGGACCUGGAGCCACCGAACCCAGCAGCGGCCCUUUCUGCUCCUGAACGCGACACACUGACACGGUCCCUCAGAGGAAACAGACAAAGUGUUGGAUCUGGUUGGACUCCACCUGCUCGCGUCCCGAAAUGUCCGCCAGAUACCAAUUCGAGGGCCACAAUGGUCGCCAUGAGCGGAUCGACUUCUUGACCAACAAAGAGAAGGCGUCGUCAAAGCGGAAAACCGGCAUCAUCGUGGGGGCUGUUCUGGCUUUUCUCAUCCUUGCAGCUGUUGCAGCGUUCCUCAUCUGGUGGUUUGCCUUUAAAGAUGCAGAUUCAGAAAGCACCCUCAGCAAACAGAGCAGGCCGCCGCCGCAGCUCUUCAGUGGGCACAUGAAGCUGACUGGUGUACCAUAUGAUCAGAAACUGGAGGACACAGACAGCAAGGAAUUCAAGACGUUGGCGCAAAAGCUGGAGGCAAUUCUCGGGGAAAACUACAAGAAAGAUCCAUUGCUGGAGGAACACCACACUAAAACGGUGGUCACUGCGUUCAGCGAGGGUGUGAUAGCCUAUUACUGGUCCCAGUUUGACAUCCCGCCCGAAGAGGAGGAGAUUGUGCCCGAGUUCUCAGAGGAGCGGGUGUUGGAAGCACUGGAGACCAGCCUGAUCGGGCAGCGCAGCAUGGAGACCAUUAAGAUCACAGAAAUCACCACCUCGGUCACAGAUCAUCGCAUGGCCAGGAAUCCCACAGCCACGGACUGUUUCUUCCGCCUGGAGGCUGAAGAAAAAGUGAAAAAGUUCUCGUCUCCGGGGUACCCCAAGGGCUACCCCCCCAAGUCAAGGUGUCAGUGGCAAAUCCGAGCGUCGGAGAACAAAGUCAUAUCCAUCACUUUCCCUUUUUUCCACAUCGAGGAUGACUGCUCGGACGACUUUGUCUUCAUCUAUGACUCUCUGAGUCCGGACGAAUCUCAGGCCAUCACAAAGCAGUGUGGUCAGAGGCCUCCCUCCAACCCGCUGAAGGUGGUGUCAUCCGGCAACAUUAUGCUGAUUAACUUGAUCACUGACACCGCGGUCCAGAGGCCGGGCUUUCAGGCAGAGUACAGAGCCAUCCCCAAGUCUCAAGUGCAAACUUGCGGUGGUGUCCUCACUGAAGACAAAGGAGUCUUCACCUCCCCUCUUCACCCCGGCUUCUAUCCUCCUGCCGUCGACUGCAAGUGGACCAUCAAGGUCAGUGAUGGGUUCAAGAUGCGGGUGAAGUUCAUCAUUUUCAACAUGAAGGAGCCUGAAGUGGACACCCGUUCGUGUCACAAAGACUAUGUGGAGAUUAUGGGCACCAAGUACUGUGGAAAAACGUCCUCCUUGGCUGUGACCAGCUCCAGCAACGUGCUGGAAAUCCUCUUCCACUCCGACGAGUCCUUCACCGAUAGAGGCUUCAGGGCCGAGUACGUCGCAUACAAUCCCAAAAACCCGUGUCCCAACCAGUUGACUUGUUCCUCUGGCUACUGCAUCGGUAAAGAGCUGAAGUGCGAUGGCUGGAACGACUGUGGUGAUAUGAGCGACGAGAGGGACUGCCAUUGUGGCGAGGACCAGUUCACCUGUGCCAACACUUUGUGCAAACCCAAGCUCUGGGUGUGCGACAGUGUCAACGACUGCGGAGACUGGAGCGAUGAGAAAGGCUGCAGUUGUGAGGAGAACGAGUUCCGCUGUGGGAACGGGGAGUGUAUGCCCCAGUAUGUCGUGUGCGACAGUAAGAAGGACUGUAUGGAUGGAAGCGACGAGGCCUCUUGUGAAACCUCUCCGGGUAUCUGCUCUGACUUCAGCUUCAAGUGCAAGAACAGUGACUGUGUCAAUAAGGUGAACGCCGAAUGCGACCGCAUCGAAGACUGCUCCGACAACUCCGACGAGGACAACUGUGAUUGUGGCACCAGGCCUUAUAAACUGAGCCGGAUCGUGGGAGGGCAGAACGCUGAGAAGGGGGAGUGGCCCUGGCAGGUCAGCCUUCACUUCCAGAACUUCGGACACACGUGUGGCGCCUCCAUCAUCUCAGACAGGUGGCUCCUCACAGCGGCUCACUGCUUUGUCACCAGAGAUCCAGCGAACCAUAUGCCUGACAACUGGCAGACCUACAGCGGCAUGCAGGACCAGUUCAAGCAGGACGGCGUACAGCUCCGCAAGCUGAAGAGGAUCAUCUCCCACCCAGAUUACAACCAGAUGACCUUUGACUUUGACGUUGCACUGCUGGAGCUCAGCGAGCCGCUGGAGUUCACCAACACCCUCCAACCCAUCUGCCUGCCGUCUUCCUCCCACGUCUUCCCAGCGGGCAUGUCCUGCUGGGUCACAGGCUGGGGCACGCUCCGAGAAGGAGGUCGAACGGCACAGGUGCUGCAGAAGGCGUCGGUGAAAAUCAUCAACGACACGGUGUGCGACGUGGUGACGGAGGGACAGGUCACCUCCAGGAUGCUCUGCUGCGGCUACUUGGCAGGAGGAGUCGACGCGUGCCAGGGAGACUCCGGCGGCCCCCUGUCGUGCUUCGAGGAGAGUGGGAAGUGGUUCCAGGCCGGCAUCGUGAGCUGGGGCGAGGGCUGCGCUCGUCGGAACAAGCCCGGCGUGUACUCGCGCGUCACCAAGCUGAGGGACUGGAUCAAAACGGAGACGGGAGUUUGACGCUGCUGUGAUGAAGAGGGAGCGAUGCAGAGCGGGGGAACAACCUCAGAGUGCCAAAAAUAACGGAGAGGGAACAUUUGAGUCUGAUUCAGGACUCCGAGUCUCUCCAAGAUGUUUUCAUUCAGCAGACUGUUGCAUGGACCCAGCGACUCACAUCAGUGACUCACAGCACUUUAUUUGGUUGCCAACCCCCUUUUUCCCACACACACACAUAAACAAACAUAAACCACAGCAACCCACACUUUGUAGAUAGAUUAUAAAGGUGUAAAUCUGUGAAGCGCCUUUUGCCCACAUCAAUCAUGUCAUGUUUCCCCAAGUACAAAAAAAUCAAAUAUAUAUAUUCUGGGAAUCAUUUUCCUAGUAUUUAUAAAAUGCAACAUUUUAAGAUUAUUGCAGAGUUUUUACAUUUUACCUGAGCUUCUCCCUGGAAAGAUCAUUUUAAAAUGUAGUAUUAUAUAUUUCUAAAAAAAGGGCAAUUCUGUCUCUUUGGCUGCGGCGAAAUUUUGCACCUUUUGCCAAUGAGCUCAAGCUCAUUUUUAAGCGGAGCACAGCAUAGGUUUAAUCAUUUUUUUCCGCCAGGUAGCCAUUAGUCUUUUUAUCCUGUUUAAAGUAUAAAUAUCAAGCUGCAGAGUUGUGUUACAAUUGUAUGCACCAUGUGAUGAUAACAGAAGUUUAACCAAAUACAAAAAAGGAGAGGAAAACAACAUGCUCAAAUCCAUUAAGGGGCAUUUUCAUAUUAUACUAAAAUAAAUGAAAGUCAGAAGGUGCCUGGAGGGGAGACGCUGCAUUAAUCAAUCUUCAAGCCCACAGUUCGCCGUGGAAAGUUUGUAGCUGGUGGGCUAAAACAUACAACAACUCCAGCAGGGUCCCUGGGGGGGGGGGAUUCUGAUCCGAGAUGGGAGAGGUGAUGCUUGAGUUGUUUUAUGUUGCCUUAGGAUCUGAAUCUGAAUCUAUCUGGGGCAGGGAUCAGUAUUUUAAAUUUUACACCUUUACAGAUGGAUUUGCUCAGGGUGAUUGACGUCUUCACUCUCCGGAGGGUCACUGCAAACCCACGGGGUCGGGACUAGAUACCAGAGCAAUGCAAUGAGGUUUUAAUCCUGCGAGGGUUCUUAAAUGUUAGUUUAACUGGGGGGGGGGGGCGGGUUGGGGUAUUUUAGUCAGAUCCUGGAUAAGCGAACCAAAGAUAUGCAGAAGUAUUGUUGUGCAAUUCAGAAGAAAGUUUAGUGGGGAACGUGGCUUAGUGGAUCUCACUACCUCCACAGAGCCUCACGGUUCAUGUGAAUGUGUGUUCUCCAGAAAGCAGAGAGUAAACACAACUUCCAGAAAGAUAUUUCCAUGAGCACUGUGCACCGACAUGAACUCACUGUACUUUAUACCCUGUCUUUGUUUGUGUUUUUAUAUGGUUUGAUACUAAAGUUUGAGGAUAAUAAAGAUCAUAUAUGUGACAGCGUUA